UUUUUAUUGGCAAAUUGAAGUUGUUUGUGUGCGCAGAUGAGAAUGAGAACAUUAUGGGGAGUGAAGUAUCUCAAUCCAAUCGGAGUGAGAUGGAUGGCAAAGAUGUUCUAGAUCCGGUUUUAAGUCCUCCAGUGAAUCCUGCACAAGUUGACAUGGCUGAUUGGAAAGUUGGAGAACUUGUUCUGAGAGAUGCACCUCCCAAAGAGAUGGAGGCUUCUUGGGAAGUUAAAAUGGAGGCCUGCAUUACAACUGAUGAUGUUAUACGGGCUGGAGGCUUUGGAGCAAGGGAUGAUAUAAGUAGCUUUCUUCCCGUUGCUAGCGAUUCUACUGACUUUGAAGCUACUAUCCGUGAUGCCCGAGACUAUGAAGAACCACAGGGGGAUAUAUGCAGACCGGGUCUUGGCUGGACAGAAGCUACAGAAGCAGAAUAGUUUUGUUGUCACCACCACCCUCAAGUUGUUGCACUUGACUUUUCUCAUAGUACUUGCUUAUAAGAUAUUGAGGUAUGUUAACCACAUGUUGGUUCAUGAUCUGGGUUAAUUUUAAGGAGACACUUUAUCUUCCUUUUAGCGCGCACUGUUAUUUUCGUGGAAGAGAUGUCAUCUGUAUGAGGAACCAAUAUGACAUUACUAUACUCUGUUUAAUAUGCAGCAUAUGCUUAAACUCUUCCUCUGUGAGGCUGAUGGGUUACAUCUA